GGAAAAUUUUCAGCUUCAGAGAAGAAAACUCUGAAAAAUGAGAAGAAAGAAAAUGAGAGGAAAGAAAAUUCAAGCAUCGUUAUAAGAACCCAAAAACCCCAAAUCGAACCAAUUUUCCCCAAAUCGAUUUCUAGGGUUUCGCUCUCUCGAGCUCUGCUUCCUGUUUGUUGAGUCAGUGUGGAUUGUGAAUCGUUGUUCAAUGCCGAUUUUCUGGUUCUGCGUGACAAUUUUUGGUGAAAAUUGCGUGUUGAGAUUGUUUUGAUUGUACUGUCAUGCGAUUAUCAUGCGAAUCUGGUGGUUCAGUGGAGCAGAGGACGGAUGGAGGUCGAUCGCCUCGGAAGAAGCGGAAGAGAUUGGACGCGAUAUGCGAGGAGGAGUACAAUCGGAACCAUCCGGGUGAGGGUGAUGAUGGUGGUGAUGAUGGAGGUGUUCGCCGUAGCUCACGGGUUCGGCGUGCCCCGGUGCUUCUAGAUGUCUCUCCCUCGCCGUCUCCGACGAAGAAGAAGCCGAGGAGGGUGGGUAAGAAUGGAGCGUUGAGGGGUGUGAAGGAUGAUGGUGAGGGUGAGAGUGGAGAAAGAGUGACUGGGGGUUCUGGCAUUGCGGAGGAUGGGAGAGGUUGGGGUGCGAGGUUGAGAUCGAGGGGUAAAAGUGUAGGGUUUAAGGGGAAGAAGGAGAGGGAGUCUCGGCGUGGGAAAAGGAAGCUGUUUGAGGAUGGUGUUGGAAGGAGGGUUGAUGAGGAGGUGGAGGUGGAGGGUAGGGAGGUUGGUAAGGAAGAAGGGAUGCCCAAAGUAGUUAAGUCAAAGAGGCCAGGGAGGAUCAAAGCUACCAAGCGUGACGAGGGACGUAAAGAUGAAGAGAAUGAGGUUUAUGAGAAUCUAGAUGAGACUAAGAGUCAAGAAGUGGAGCUUACAUUGAACAAAGAUGAGGAGAAUGCUUCAGUACUGGAGGAAAGACAGUUGUCUGUUGGGGAUCAGAUAGAAAUAUUGAAUGGGAAGGCCCCUUCAGCAGUAGCAAAUCAAGAGAGUGACAUAUCUGGCAAUGUGGAAACAGGGGAGUGUAAUGGCAGCAUUGAACUGUCUCCAGUGGAACUUGUAGAUAAACAGGCUGAUCAAUUAGAGACUGCAAAUGAUGGCAAAAAUGCAAGUGAGGUUGUGGAAGAUGCAGGAGUUCUGAUAGAGAACACAGAAAAUGAAGUAUCUGGUGAUAAAGAGGUUCACAUUGAUGCAAAUACCUUGCAGGAUGCAAAUAUUGUGAGACUGAAUGAGUCCAAACAAGAUACAAAUGACAAGCCUCGCCAUCAACGUAUUAAAGAGGGUAGGAGGUGUGGUUUGUGUGGUGGAGGGACUGAUGGUAAACCUCCCAAAAAAUUAGUUCAUGAUAAUGGUGAGAGUGAGAAUGAGGCAUAUAGUGGGUCUUCGGCUUCAGAGGAGCAUAAUUAUGAUAUAUGGGACGGCUUUGGUGACGAACCUGGAUGGUUAGGGCGCCUCUUGGGUCCUGUUGAUGAUCGCAAUGGUAUUGCUCGUAUAUGGGUUCAUCAGCACUGUGCUGUAUGGAGUCCAGAGGUUUAUUUUGCUGGCUUGGGAUGCUUAAAAAAUGUGAGGGCUGCACUUUGUAGAGGAAGAGCAUUAAAGUGCACACGUUGUGGGAGGCGAGGAGCUACCAUUGGUUGUCGUGUUGAUCGUUGUCCAAAAACAUAUCACUUGCCUUGUGCAAGGGCAAACGCUUGCAUCUUUGAUCAUCGCAAAUUUCUUAUAGCCUGCACAGAUCAUCGGCAUCUCUUCCAACCUCACGGUAAUAAAUAUUUUGACCGGAUAAAGAAAUUGAAGGCUAAGAAAAUGAAGAUGAGGAAGAUUUCAAACGAUGCCUGGAAAAAGGACAUUGAAGCAGAAGAGAGAUGGUUAGAAAAUUGUGGUGAGGAUGAAGAAUUUUUGAAACGUGAGAAUAAAAGACUUCAUCGUGAUCUAAUGAGAAUAGCGCCAGUAUACAUUGGUGGUUGUUCAGACUCUUCCAGCGAUAAAUCAUUUCAGGGAUGGGAAUCUGUUGCUGGGCUUAAAGAUGUCAUCCAGUGUAUGAAGGAAGUUGUUAUUUUACCUCUACUAUAUCCUGAGUUCUUUGAUAAUAUAGGGCUCACACCCCCGAGAGGUGUUCUGUUGCAUGGAUAUCCUGGAACUGGGAAAACCUUAGUGGUCCGGGCAUUGAUAGGUGCAUGUGCUUCUGGAGAUAAACGGAUUGCAUAUUUUGCACGCAAAGGUGCAGAUUGCUUGGGAAAAUAUGUGGGUGAUGCUGAGCGUCAACUAAGACUAUUAUUUCAGGUUGCUGAAAGAUGCCAACCUUCUAUAAUAUUCUUUGAUGAGAUAGAUGGACUGGCACCUGUGCGGACUAGGCAGCAAGAUCAGACACAUAGUUCUGUUGUGUCAACAUUACUUGCUCUGUUAGAUGGUUUGAAAUCUAGGGGUUCAGUUGUAGUAAUUGGUGCAACAAAUCGCCCUGACGCUGUUGACCCAGCACUUCGGCGCCCAGGAAGAUUUGAUCGUGAAAUUUAUUUUCCAUUGCCAUCAGUUAAGGACAGAGCUGCUAUUCUAUCACUACACACAAAGAGAUGGCCAAAACCAAUUAACGGAUCCUUGCUCGAGUGGAUUGCAAGAAAAACUCCUGGCUUUGCUGGUACUGAUCUCCAGGCUCUCUGUACUCAAGCGGCAAUUAAUGCUUUGAAGAGGAAUUUCCCUUUGCAAGAAGUGCUAUCUGCUGCACAAGAGAAAAAUUCUGGCUGUAGGAAUCUUCCUCUUCCAUCAUUUGUGGUGGAGGAGAGGGAUUGGUUGGAGGCUUUAUCGUGUUCCCCACCACCAUGCUCCCAGAGAGAAGCUGGAAAUGCUGCUAAUGAUGUAAAGUGCUCCCCUCUUCCCAUCCACCUUGUUCCGUGUUUGUUACGGUCAUUAUGCACUCUUCUCAUAUCUCUUUUUCUUGAUGAACGUGUAUGGUUGCCUCCUCCUAUAUCUAGAGCUGUAACAAUGAUUAAGAAUGUCAUGAUUGCUGCAUUAGAUAAAAAGAAAAUGCCUAUUGAUCACUGGUGGUUGCAUGUUGAUAAGUUUCUCGAAGAAACAAAUAUUGCUGCCGAGCUAGAGAGGCAGCUCGCUUGUUCUGGAAUUUUGUCUGCGGAUGGUGGUUUUGCUGGAUCUCUUGAUGGUGUAGAUGAUACUGAUGAUAACAUGAUGAAAUUUGAACCCUCUAUAAAGCACCGCGUUGGCAUGCGCAGUGGUUUAUCAUUUGCAUUGCCUAACAAAUCAGGAUUUCGUGUAUUGAUUGCUGGAAAUCCCAGAUCUGGUCAAAGACAUCUUGCAUCUUGCCUUCUUUACUGCUUUAAUGGAAAUGUUGGAAUUCAGAAGGUUGAUAUGGCAACUAUUUCUCAAGAAGGUCAUGGAGAUGUAGUACAAGGGAUUGCACAAAUAUUAACGAAAUGUGCUUGCAUGCAAUCAUGUGUUGUAUUCAUGCCAAGAAUAGAUUUGUGGGCUAUAGAGACACAGGUCCAAAUUUCUAGAAACACCGAUUCCUGCUCAACAAAUCGCCGAUCUCCUGAGAUGGCAAACUCUUGUUCUAAACCAAGCCAAGUUACUGAGAAGGAAAAGAUGUUCAAUGUAGAGAAAGACAAGUCAGGUGAUCUGGCCCAAGACAAAGCCAGUGGAAGGGCUUCAUAUGCCUGGAUGUCAUUCAUUGAGCAGGUGGAGUCCAUUGGUGUGUCGACAUCACUGAUAAUUCUGGCUACCUCAGAAGUUCCUUAUACUCAACUUCCAUGUAAAGUAAAGAAAUUCUUCCAAACGUAUCAGUCAAAAUACAACCAUUCAAUUCCUUUGGAGCAGACAAUUCCUCAGUUCUCUCUGCAUUUUGAUGGGAAAUUUGAUCGGGAGGCGGUGAUCCAACAUUCUGCAGUAGAGCUGUUGAGAAAUUUAGUUGAGCAGCAGAUUCAGUUUAUUUAUCAGAGAUCUCAUAGUCAUACGAGUGGCAAAAGGGGGUACAGAACCUAUGAUUCAAUUGGAGUUUGUAAAGAUGGUGAACUUACAAGAAAUAAUACUGGAUCAGUUAAUGAGGAUAAAUGUCCUGAAUCAUUUACCAAAGUUCCUGCCCCGCCCAACAGUAGGUCAAUGAAGGGAAAGUCAACCCUGUUGUUGGCAAUAUCUACAUUUGGGUAUCAAAUUCUUCGAUACCCACAUUUUGCUGAACUUUGUUGGGUCACAUCAAAACUCAAAGAUGGUCCUUCUGCUGAUGUAAGUGGACCCUGGAAGGGCUGGCCUUUUAAUUCCUGUAUAAUUCGUCCUUGUAAUUCACAAGACAAGGUCAUGGUUUCUUGUAUAUCUAGUGGCAUAAAAAGCAAAGAAAGAUCUGGAUUAGUCAGAGGCUUGGUUGCUGUUGGUUUAUCAGCUUACAAAGGUGCUUACACGUCUGUUAGGGAAGUUUCCCUUCAGGUACGUGAUGUUCUUGAGAUUUUGGUUGGACAAGUUAAUGCAAAAAUUCAAGCUGGGAAAGACAGAUAUCAAUAUCUUCGCAUUUUAUCGCAAGUAGCUUAUCUGGAAGAUAUGGUCAAUAACUGGGCUUAUUCAUUGCUAAGUCUAGAGCAGGAUUCCCCAGAACUUGUGACAAAGGCUAUGCCAGAAAAUAUUAGGUGCAGCCAUCUCACAUCUGGGGAUCACCAAGCCGAAGGCGUGGAUUGUCAUUUGGUUGUUCCUAUGGGCGAUGAUGGUUUAGAGAGGCAGGACGGAAGUUGCAAGGGAAUUCCUGCUGAAACAACUGGAUGUCUUUCCUUGAAUGACCGAAAUGAUGAUUUAAGUAGUCUUCCUCAUGUCAGUAUAAAUGCAAGUUCUACAGGAUCUCUUCAAAACCAUUCCUUUUCAGAUAAGCAGUUUAAUAGCUCUUGUGCUGUAAACCUACCUGUUGAACAAUCUAUAAAUCAGGAAAAUGGGAAACAAACACUAACAUCUGAAAAUUUUGCAGUGGUGAGUGGAGAAUUCAGGUCUGCGAAAGACUUGAAUGAAUCCAUACUCACUCCCUCUGUUUCCCUUUCUGAAAAUGGAGAAUGUGGGUUGUCAAAAGUCUCGAGUAAAUCUACAUUCAUUCCCUCUAUUACCCUUUCUGAAAAUGGUCUUAUUAGUGCCUGUGAACCAGAGGGGGUUAAGCUUGGUAACUCCAGGACAAUCUCUAACCCAUCCCUCAGCUUGUCCUCUGCUGAGACUGGUGCUAAAUAUAGUAAUGGUAACUGUGGUAAAGAUGAUAAUGUUAUAGACAUUAAUGUCCCUCCAAUCAAGGGAAGUGAUCCUGCUGAAUCUGGGGUUAUUUGUUUGUAUCAAUGUUGCCCUCAAUGUCUAUCCAGUCUCUAUAAUUUGACUCGGAAAUUACUUGUUCAAGAAUGUGGGUUGAAUAAUAGCCAUUGUACAGUGGAAGAUGUCCAUGAUGCUGUGGCAUCAUUGUCUGUGGAUCUUAUUUCCGCAGUUAGAAAUUUUUACUUGGCCAAAGAUUUCAGUGUUUCAUCAGAUAAAACCUCAAGUCAUGAACGGAAUGGAGCAUCUCUUGACUGUUCCGACCUGAGAGCUUGUCAUCCCAGAGACCCAGGAUUGCCAGCUGAAUGUAUUUCUCACUCAACAAGCCCUCAUACAGCUGCAGGCAAAGACAUAGCUCCGAACGAGUCACUGAAGCUUGAUUUUAAAUUUAUUUUCAGAGAUGGUGUACUAAUUCAUAUGGACCCAGACAAUGAUGUCUCUCUUCACUGUAAAUUUGAGACCUUUUGCCUCUGUUCUGCAAGAGAGUUGGUAGUAAUGACAAAGCGCCCUUUUGAUUGAGAUUUUGUUUCAUACUUAAGCUUGGAUUGCCUUGAAAUUUUUUGGCGCUGAAGCGGCGGUUAUAUAUAAUUUUUGAGAUUUAAUAUAUAAUUUUGGUUGACCAUGAAA